AUGAGUGCUAUUCCAGAGCCCGAAAAGAAAAUCAAUAAUACAUUCCCCAAAACAGAGCCAGAAUCAUUCGAUAAUCGUCCGACAGCUGAAGGAAUAGCUGAACCUCUACCAGAAUGGUCGAAGGCGGUCGAUGAAUGGGGGAUUAUCUGGGAUUUUCACCAGUAUGGCUUAGGUGCGAUAUUUGUCUUUGUUUUCUUUUUGAUUGUACUUUCCCUAUGGAAGCGCUUCAAAGGAGUGCGAAUCCUCAAACAAAACAAGGUUCCCAGCGUUGUUUUGAGUCUUCUGGCUCUGUUUUGCGCCACAAGAAGUCUGUUCCUCUGCAUGGAUGCAUACCACUGGCGGAAAACUGCACCGUAUUAUGUUAUCAACGUUCUUUGGGGCAUCGGACAGCCUUGCAUCAUAACCGCCUACACUCUGAUGUUUAUAGUGUUAAGGAACGCACUGAUACUCAAACAGCGGUUCCAAAAAUGGUAUAAUACAAGGAAUAUUGCCUUAGCAACGCUGCCAUAUUUUUUCUUCGCGUUUGGAGCAGAACUUGCUAUUUCUUUCGUUCCAGAGUUCAAAGGCCUCACCCUUACUUGCCAGAUUUUGUACCUUUUAUUUGGUUUUUCUCUUACGGUGUUUUACUUUUUCAUAUCGAUUUUAAUCUGGAAAAAAUUCAAAUUGAUUGACUCGUCCAAACGUUGGGCUACGGAGCCAGCGGAAGGUCGUGGAUCCCGCACGCGCGCAAUUCUCCGCAUGUGUCUCGCAGCGGUCGCGGGCGGCGUUUUAAUUUGCGUUAUGCAAGUCUACGCAAUGGCGGGCGUCUAUGGCGUUUUUUCCGAUGCGCGCUUCGUUUCUGCAUGGCCAUGGUUGGCGUUUCAAACAAUGUUUCGUCUCGUGGAGAUUUACAUGACAGUUGUACUGUUUUAUGCCGUCAGAGCGAGGAGCGUCGACAAGAAAGGUGAAAUGACACCGACUACGAUUGUUUCAGCGGAGAUUCCCGAAAAUGUUAAUGCUAUUGAAUUGCAAACGGUUUGAUUGGCAAAAGAUUUUCCUUGUGGGAAAACAAGAAAAAUACAUCUUCAAAUUUAUCACUAAUGAAUUGAACAGUGGUUUUCAUAUAAUAAGAAGGAAACGCUAACAUUGUUUUGAGUUCUUUUGUGUGUUGUGUUGCUAGGCCAAGGAGGUUUGGGCACAAAAACGAGGAGCACGUUUAAUAAUUGUGAAAGAAACAUUUCGAAAAAACACGACAUGCGUUAGGCCCUGUCCGACACUACGACCUAUAAAUUUCAAAUCGGUGUUCUCACUCUGAGGUGAAUAGUAGAACUAGCCGUACAAAUUAAGUUGUUUUCAAGUUCACGGGGCGUAAUGUUGGCGAGGCCCCAAGUGACUAAAAAAAAUGCAUUAAGAACAGAAUGAGGACAAAGUAUCAAAAUGUUUGUAUGUAUCCUAACAUAUAUUUCCACUAGUACUAGUUUGUUUUUGAAGAGGCGUUAAUUAAAAAUUAACGGGAUUGUAACCUUUGAGGAUAAUUAUUAAAAGUCCUUUGUUUAUACUGAGUUUCGUAAAACAUUUAUCGAUCUUAGACUAAAGAGAUAUAACCGUGAUAAAGUUAGAGUCUUGGAAUCAAAACCUGUUCAUAGUAAAAAUUUUUUUUCUGAAAUUGUCUUUGCUGACUACGUAAAAUACUUACGGUGAUUACGAUAUUAACAAUACAUACGUUGAACUGCGGAUAAGUCAUAUAUUUGAACUGCGGAUAUGACUUUCGUAUAUUCUUAACUAUUAAUACAUACGUUACUUACAAUACUACCCCUAUUUCUAUUUAUACUUAUCAAUACUCACGUUGAAAACUACUCACAAAAGGAUUUAUCUUAAACUUGCUAACACUACAAAUUAUUUGAUGCUUUCACUACUUGCAUUACGAAUUUUAAAUCAAGAAUUAGCUUAUUCUACAUUCUAUAAACAAUAUUUACUUACACUAGGUGAAGCAAUUACAAAAUAUGAGAGGUAGACUACAGCACAUCAGUUACGUUUCGGAGCUUAAGUUCGUUAACUGAAAAAAAAGGAGUUCAGACUUUGAAUGAGCCCACUACAUAUUCUCUCCGUGUGGUAUCCAAAAAAAAUAAAUAUUAUAGUCUUAUUAUCAUAGUCAUAUGUUUCGAGGAGAGAUUACAGCUGUUUACGAGAGGAAAACCGAGCUUCGUAUUCAAAGCGAACAGAGUUGUUAAUAAAUCAUGCUCUGCAACGUAUUUUGUCAUGCAAAGUGAAUGACGCCUAAGGGACUCGACAAAGGUCUCGUGAAAGGGUUUUUUUUUUUUUUUUAAAAAAACUUAAUGGCACCCUACACAAACAAUAAACAAUAUCACAUGAAAAUAGAGCUUGGUAUUUUUAAUUUGAAUGCCCACGCACUAGGGUCUUACACAAGGACCAAGGACCCAAAAGAAAAAAUUUUCUUUUGCAAGGAGUAUAAACGUACAACCUUGUACCACCUUGUACAACACAGCAUGAGUACAGAAAAGACAGUUCUUUCUUUGCAUGGUUACAUAUACCGGCUACACUGGAAAUGUUGGGUUUUCUUCUAAGUUGAAAAAUUCCGGCUUCCCUCUUAAGUAAUUAGUCGGAUUUAAAUUGACCGAGUUCAAGUGAGAGCAUAUACUUCACGACAUGAUAAACAAUACCACAUUUAGCAUCCGUUCUAAAAGGCGUCUUCUGGAAUUGCUUCGAUAAAUUGAACUAAAGUGCAAUCGCAGACAAAACCUCUGACACAGUUACAACCUAACUUUAAAAAAAAACCUUCUCUCACUUCUCUUGCCCUUUUUGUUUCAUCUUUUUCUCGUAAAUAAACAAAGAUAUGUUUUCCGAGGAAAAACAACUUGUGAAACAACACUGAAAGAGGAGACAAGAAUUAGAAAAAGUAGGAUAUACCAGGUUUGGUUGAAAGGAAGAUUGAAUUUAGCUUAAUUGUCUCAAAAGUUUUGUCCGCGGGAGUUGGAAGACUUCGUCAUAGCAUCAACAUAGCAAAUCGUAAAUAUAGAGGUUAGGGAUAGCAUUAAUGACACGAGAAUUUUCUCUAACCUUUUGAUUCAUAAAUAAUUGAGCAAACGUAAUUAGGUUUUGAAAUAAACAAGAGUCCAUUUUCCAAUUGGAUUUUAAACUGGGUAAGCCUCUUGUGCGGCUCUCAAUUCAUCGAGUCUGUUCUUACUAAACAAUAGUUGCUUUGUUUAAGUUUUUAUGGAGGAGAGCAAUUUACAGUCUUGUUUUUGUGUAGCUAAAACAAUCGCUAUGACAGCUGGUUGUUAACGCUUUUUUGUCGCAUAUUAAGCUAUUUACAUCAUUAGCUGCAUCUGAAGGGGAACCAUGUUUUUCACAGCUUCGAGAGAAAGCUGUAUUUGUCUUAUUUGGUCGGUAUUCACAACAAAGGCAAGAGUUUUAAGGGUGUUUCAAGUAGUUUUAGACUUGAACAUCUGACUGAGCGAACUCUAGAGUUCGUUUCCUGUACGCAAACCAAUCUAUACUUCCCCACCACUGUAACAGGAUAAAGCAAACAGCUUCCACUGCGCAAACGUAUUCAAUAGACAGAUAGAGGUUAGAAAAUUUAUUUACCACUCAGCGCCACUCGCAACAAGAUGACUUCAAAACCAGAAACUGUAAAAGGGACGGCCACGACCGAAGCUACUCCUGAAGGAGAAUACCGCGGAUGGGCCGGGGCCGAGGCCGAGCCGACAGCUGAACCAACGGCCGAACCUCAGCCCGAAUGGGACAUUGCUGUGGAGACUUGGGGAGUCGCGUGGGAAUUUCAUCAAUAUGGACUCGGAGCUCUAUUCGGUGUCAUCAGUUUACUAGCGUUUGUGGCGCUGGUAAAAUUAUUUAAAAUGGAUAGGGGGGCUCGACAAAAGAAAGUGUCGUUCGUUGUGCUGAGUCAAAUCUUCAUCUUCGGUUCAUCAAGAUGUCUCUUUCUGUGUAUUGACGCCUACCAUUCAAAGAAGCAUGUCUCAGCGAAAGUGACGAGUCUACUCUGGGGAAUUGGACAGCCUUGUUUGAUUACAGCAUUCAUGCUGAUUUUCUUAGUGUUGCGAAAUGCUUUAGUGAUGAAAAACAGAUUUCAAACCUGGUAUACGACAAGAAACAUAACUUUGGUUACUCUUCCAUACUACAUCUUCGUGUUCACAUCUGAGUUGAUUGUCGCGUUUAUUCCAGCUUACAGCGGCUUGAUACUGGCUUGCCAGGUAAUAAACAUACUUCUAUAUAUCAGCCUGGCCUUCUUUUACUCAUACAUUUCCUUCCUUAUUUGGAAAAAGCUUCACACUGUGCGAGAAGGUUCGUCGAAAACUCUAGACAGAGGAACGCAGACAUUUUCUAUUUUCAAACGUUGUGUAACAGCCAGUGUAGGCGGCUUUAGUAUCGCCGUCAUGCAUCUUUACGCUGCGGUCAGCAUCAGCGGCGCUUCAUCCCAUGCGCAGUUCAUUUCGCCGUGGCCUUGGUACAUUUUCAUGACAUUAAUGCGGUGUCUGGAGCUAGGAAUGUCCUUACUGCUAUACACGACAACUGCAAACAAUAGUGCUGGUCAAAAAGCUUGUAGGAAGAUAGAUGAGGCACCGAUGACCACGAUGCAGUCAAAGACUGUCAACAACUCGGAAAUAGAUGACGACAAAUGA